ACAAAUGCUACAGUUUAUUAUUACUAUGUUAACAGUGUCCACGGAUAAUAUUAUUAGCCACCUAUUCUCUAUCAGAAAUGAAGUCGUAAAUCCCUGUGUAUUGGUGGAUUGGCUGGCUCGUGAUCCCGCAGUAAUGGGCGGAAACUUCCUAAAAUAACUCGUCUUGGAAAAGUGCACGCAAUGGCUGGCGUUCUCCCGAUAACGCGCCAGAUCGCGCGCUCCGUCCAGGAGAACAAACGCGCUUCACACGAUCUGUGCGUGUCUGAGGUCAGCGACUGUCUGAUAUUUGAUCGACACGGUGUCUGUAAAACCUUCAGCAGUUUGUUUCAACACAACAAAGCCAUCAUUGUCUUCGUGAGGAACUUCUUGUGCUACACAUGCAAAGAAUAUGUGGAGGAUUUGGGAAAAAUACCUCAGCAAAUGUUGCAGGAAUCGAAUGUCAGAUUAGUGGUGAUUGGACAGUCAUCGUGGCGUCAUAUAGAGGCUUUCUGCUCCCUGACAGGCUACUCUCAUGAAAUAUAUGUUGAUCCGGAGAGACAAAUUUACAAAAAACUUGGGAUGAGAAGAGGAGAGACAUACAUGGAGACACCGUCCAGCAGUCCUCAUGUGAAGUCUGGGCUCGUGAUCGGGAAUCUGCGGAGCGUGUGGCGUGCCGUGAACAGCCCUGCGUUUGACUUCCAGGGAGAUCCGCUGCAGCAAGGAGGCGCUCUCAUCGUAGGCCCAGCUCCAGAGGUUCAUUUUGCUCAUUUUGACAUGAACCGGUUGGACCACAUGCCCAUCAACUGGUUGCUUCAGUUAGCAGGCCUUCAAACGCUGGACUUCAGCGGUUCACACAAAAUCAUUCACAUCUGAAGGGAAAGGGAGCUUUUAAGAGUUAGACAUGAUGGAAAGGCGCUCGAUGCUUUAUAAUGCAAUGCUGGUCUUUGUUUGAACAAUGUAAGGGCUCACAAUUGUUGUUUUUUUUUUUAUAUAUAUCAUUUGUGUUUAAUAGGAGCAAGCCAUUCCACUGCUAGGGACCCUUGAUUAUAUUUGAUACAUUACACACACACAAAAAUAUCUAUCUAUCUAUCUAUCUAUCUAUAUCUAUGUAUAUACACAGGUCAUAUUGUGGUAUAAAACACUUGUUUCAGUGUAAAUCUCAUAUAAAUAUGUCCAAGUUGUGUUUAAUUCUCAAGAAAUGGAUUUACCUAAAGGAAAUUAUAGGACAAUUAUUAUUAUUUUUACAUUGUGCAUUGUUUAAAUUAUUCUCAUUAUCAUUGGAGUCUACAAAACAAUAAAAAACAUUUUAAAUAAAUAUUUAUAUAAAAGACUAUACAAAAAAUGUUGC